GCGACACUGAAGAGAGGGUGUUUCCAUAAGCGAAGAUUGAGAGGACGUUUGUGUACAAUAGUAUAGUCCAUACCAAAGGUUCUUGAAGCUGGUUUCUUGACACAUUCAAAAUGGCCGAAAUCCAAGUCUAUAUCUCGUCGAUCUCAAGCAGCCAAGAGAUAAAGAAAAAYCAACAUAGAAUACGGGACAUCCUUGGUGACAACUUUAGAGGGCAACUGUCUUCAGUUACAUACAUAGACAUUGCAACAGAUAGUAAGCAAAAAGAUAAAAUGAGAGAAAUUGUAGGUGAUCCUAAAGCUCUGCCCCCGCAGAUCUGUAAAGGAAAUGAAUAUCUUGGGGAUUAUAUGGCCUUUGAUAAUGCCGUCGAAGAUGGGGACAUCAAAGGAUUCCUAAAGUUAUAAAAACAUUAAAUCAAAUCUAUUGAUUAAUAUAAGUAAAAUAGAAGGGAUUUUUGUCAUACUAAAGAAUCCUUGCUAAGUAAUGUUGAUCAAAAUGUCAAUUCUCCUGAAUGCUCUUGUGUAGUAUAAGAGAAUUUGAAUUUUGAUCAGAAACAAUGUAAACGUCAUUCUUUGAGGUGCUGCCUSUUCUUCAUGUAAUUUAAGUGUAUUAAAUUAAAAUUAAAUUAGAAUAUUAAUAAUGAUUAUUAAUAAACAGUGUAAAGGUA